CCUACUCCUUCUAACAGACUUGACUGGAGAGGCUUGGGAAUUCCCCAGGACAUCUCCUUUAGCGAGACGCAUUGACCUGUAAACAAGUUAGCACGGUAACGUUAACAUUUAUUUUACUCCGUGAAUAACCUUUUAGGUGAAGAUGAACUUUGAUGAUAUCAGCUAGAGCUUAGGUGCAGCGCCCUGUGCUGUUUUCUUAGCCUGGUCCUAGCACCUUUAGCGUGCUAGCUAACUAACUAACUGAUAGGACAUCAGUUACCAGCUUAACAGCACAGCUAGCCUGCUACUUUGCUUUAGCAAACUGUCUGGUUACUAAAAGCAAAUAUCAGUCGAUUUUAACCGGCUGUUAUUGCAAAGGAGUCUAGUAUAAAAAACGAAUAGCUAGCUAGUAACAGUAUUCGUAAUGGCUGGUAUUCAGCCCAGGUGCGAUUUUGGAAAGCAGCAUGCACGGCCUGAACUUGGCUUCGGGCUUGACAAACAUGAAACUCUGGGUACUUCUGCACCGGAUGAUUGGUGCGACAGUGGGCUAGAAUGUCUGAGUGGAAGAGAGCUGAGCCUGGAUGUCUCCUUCAGCAAUGAGACAUCCCAAACCUGGGGGCCCAGGUCCCCUCCUCACACGGCCUCCUACCCGUCACUGGAUGACACUGACAAGCACCCCAUGGACUUUAGUUUACUGGGGGGUGGAGAGAGGUUGGACUCAGCUAUAGGGGACUCAAUUACAGAUGAGACGAUGGGUAGUAUAUCACAGGGGCUGGGGACCAUGCACCUGAAUGAACCAGUUAUCAGUUACACUGUGGAUGACAGUGGGAGGCAAGCAGCACCGAGCCCAGAGGAGGAAAGACGGAGGAGAGAGGAGAUGCACAACACACUGAACUUUGUGUCUGAGGAUGGAGACACGGCUCUUCACUUGGCUCUUAUCCACGAGCACUGGGCCUUCGUACAGUACUUACUGGGAGUGAUAGCUCUGGACCGCAGCUGGGUGCCUUACCUGGACAUCCAGAACCACUUGGGACAGACUGCCCUCCACUUGGCUGUCAUAGUGGACCAGUCCCAGUGUGUGCAGGGGCUGCUGUGGGGCGGUGCGAGCGCUGAACUACAGGAGAGGGGAGGGAACACACCGCUGCACCUGGCCGUCAGGGAGCUGAGGCAGGACUGUGUACGAGAGAUCACCUCCAACUGCCAGAGCACUGAUUAUCUACACGUCACCAACUACUCAGGGGUGAGUGCACUGCAUUUGGCAGUACAGAGGGGCAAGGAGGACAUAAUCAGCAUGCUGAUUGAGGCAGGAGCUGAUGUUAACCAGAGGGACCUGGGCUCAGGCCGUUCCCCUCUCCACUGGGCCGUGGAGUCCCAGAGCCCCAGGAUGGUGCUGCUGCUGCUGCAGAGGGGAGCCAGUGUAGACCAGCCCUCCUACGCAGGCCACACAGCCCUCUACUGCUCCCUGCACAGGCCCAACAAGGAGGUACAGGCCCUGCUCAAGGCUGGAGGGGCCUCUGACGCACAGGCCCAGGACGAAGAGGAGCGGGAGAGUGAAGAGGAAGAGUUUGAUGACGUUGUUAUCAAUGGACAACGAGUGCACUAACCAUGAACAUGGACACUGAGCCACAUGGAGUCAUGGCGCUGCUGUUGGGCUAAGCGAUAGAUGUGCAUUUGUGUGUGUGUGUGUGUGUGUGGUUUGUGUAUGUAUGUGUGCCUGUAAAUUGUAUAUAGCAAGGCUGCUGAGGAGCUCCAGUUCUCAACCCAGUCAGGACUUAAGUCAUUCGAUUUAACUGAUCAGUUGUUCCUGCGUCAAUUUACUUCUUUAUAUUGUGCAGGGGGUAAGCUAAUGUUAGUUAGGUCACAUGGUUUUAGUGUCUGUCUGGAGCUAAGCUUGCCAAGACUAGUGUUGCCUACCUUACACAUGGGAGAAUGAUCCAAACAAAAGUUGUGUUAUGUCAAACUUGAAUCAUGGCCCCACCCACUAGUGGCCACAUCUCUUGUACAUGUCCCACACCACCGUUAGGUCACAUUCAACUCCUCUGCUGAUAUACCCCUCUUCAGAAGGGUCAUCUACAGUGCAUAGUCAGACAAGGUUUGAUGUCUAAAUACCCAGUAACACAUUGAUACGGUAGUGUGCUGUAAAACAGACCAGUUCGAUAUAUUGUUUAUUUUCCCAAUAUGUCUCUAUAAGCUAAAGAGUUGCAGCUUGAUUAAGUUCUCAAAUGACUCAUACUGUACGUUUUAAGUUCAAGCUAUUGCUAAGGGGCAGAUAUAGCUGGUAUUUGGGGACUCCUUUGUUUUGCUUUUUGUUCUGUAAGGCUAUUUAAACAAUUACUUUGCUAUCCUCAAUGUUUUGCCUCUUGUUUCUGAUCUUUAGCUGCAUGUCUUAAUUUUUAUCAAAAUGGAAAUCUGUGAAAUAUUAAAGCUGAGAUCCGCAUUAGGGGAAACAGUGCCACUGGCCGCCCCAGGCGUAUUUGUUAUUGUUUUGUUUAUUAAGCAGAGAAGAGGAGCUCCAGCGUCGUGGUAAAAACAUAAUCCUAGUACAUACUAUGCUGUUCUAUCACGUGGCAGUUUCACGACUACAGAUUCCAACUUUAAAGCUGGUGAAACUGCCAUGGCCGUUUGCGAUAUUACAACAACAACAGAAGUUACUGCAAACAAUGAACUGUUUUUCCCUCGGACAUGAUUAUUUUUACCAUGAGGCACGACGCUCCCCAGCUCUGCUUCGUCAAAAAAACAAUAACAGCCAUGGCCGGUUUCCCUACUGCGGAUUCCAUCUUUAAGGCUAUAGAUAUGAGAUGUAGGAGUGGGUUUGGGACUAAAGCAGUUGGAAGGAUCUGAGAUGUUAUCAUUAUUAACAAGGCAGGGUUAGGGGAAGAUGUGAAUGUACAUAAGGUAGUGGUUUAUGUAGUCCCGUCUAGCUCAGUUGGUAGAGCAUGGCGUUUGCAACGCUAGGGUUGUGGGUUUGUUUCCCACGGGGGACCAGUAUGAAAAAUGUAUGCACUCACUAACUGUAAGUCGCUCUGGAUAAGAGCGUCUGCUAAAUCACUAAAAUCUAAAAUCAAAGGUAAGUAGUUAACAAGGGAUGGGAGGAGAGAGGGGCAAACUCAACACAUUGCUAAUUCAUCUUUGCUUCAAGUUGACAGAAAUAAUAGUUUAACAAGUCUGCAAGUCAAUAUGAAUCGAGAUUUUUUGACCUAUCACAUGGAUAGAGGGUAAUGUGAUGCGACAAUUUCAGUAAUUAAUCAGUCCCUGACUAUGAGUGCUCUAACCAGGGCCUGACAAUCCCUGGAAUACCCUGGAGUGAUGUCAUUCAGUUAAUUUGAUGUACAGUUCACCAGUUAAAGAUGGAGCUACAAAAAGCAGACAGAGACCCUCCAGAACAAGGGUUUAAUCUGGUGUAUAUUCGCUUUGUGUAUUUUGACUUAUUUUUGUAUACUUUUGAAAAAUGAUUGACUGGUGAUUUGACAGGCAAGGAUGCCUCUGUAUUUGCUCGUCAGAAGGAGCAUGCUGUCUACAUGAUUAUUGUAAUAAAAACUGUAAAAUAUAUACAGCAUUAAAAGAGGAUAUGCAGUG